AUGUUCCUGACACCAACAAGCUCAGACCAUUCAAACGGGUCUGCCAGGAUAAAUGAAUCUGAUUCCAAUCAAGAGCAUAAACCACCAGCAAAGAAAAAGAAAAGGUCACUAGGGACAUUUCCGUGUCAACAUUGUAACAAAGUAUUCAGCAGAUCCGAUCAUUUGGCAAGGCAUAAUUUGAAUCAUGAGCCAAAGGAAGUGUAUGUUUGUGAUUUCCAAAUCAUCAUUAACGGAGAAUCAACUAAAUGUGGUAAAACAUUUGUAAGGAAAGAUUUGAAAGAAAGGCAUAUUAAAAGGCAUUAUGAAAUUAUCGAAUCAGAAACAAAUGGAGGCACAAAGAGUAGUCCAACUCCAAAUAAGGGGAAGAGGAUACAAUCAAACUCAGUCAAUGGAAAAAACUCGGAAUAUAAUCAAUUACAACCUCCUUAUUUGAAUUCGCCCCACAACAUAUUCAAUCAUCCUCAACAUCAACAAGUAUAUUAUCCAAAUCAACAGAAUUUCUCAAAUUUUCCUAAUACAAACCUUCCAUCUCAUGCUGCAAUUUUAUCGCCAUACAAUAAUCAAAAUUAUGGUUCAGGUUCUUCAAACGGGUCCUCACCAAAAUAUCCCACGACAACUCAGGUUGCUGCAUCUUCAAAUCAAACUGAUUUAUCAUCAUUGUUCAAGACCUAUGGUACAACUCUUCCACAGAGUGAUAUAAUAACUUGGCUUUUUAAUGAUAACUAUACAGCACAACAAUCAUCUAAUUACAAUAAAGCAGCACCAAUACCAUCUACGAUCACUCAAUCAGGACCAAAUUCAAUACCAAGUUUACAAACUUCUCAACAAAUUCCACAAAUUUCAUCUCCUUCUGGGGGCUCUGACAUCUCACCCGCAACUCACAAUUUUAAUAAUAAUCUACAUUCAAAUGCACGUCAAAUCAACGAUCAUUCAUUUACAACAGGCACUGAGCUAGAUGCGAAUGUUUUCCUGCAAGAAGUUAACCCUUUAGAUGAUUUAUUCUUUACAAACUAUCAAUCAUUUACCAUAAACGGACGACAACCAUAUGCUCAUAAUGAUGACACUCUACCGAAUAGUCAAUAUCUAGCAUUAACUACAACUACAUCCAACUCACCUACAACAACAAUGGAGUCUAAUGGCGAAUCUAAUGCUAUUGUCUCGGAUGUAACCACAUCAGAGGAAAGUAAUUUUGUUUAUCAUUCAGAAUUUAUUAAUAUUGAAACCAAUUUAAACGUUUUUAUAGAUACAACUUUAGUCAAUGUCAUGUUGAAUCAAAUUAACAUAAAGAGCUCCGACUUACCAGAAAAUGGUCAUAACAUAGAAAAUAAAUUCUCAUAUUACCUUAGUCUGUACUGGAAACAUUUUCAUCCAGAAUUUCCCAUAUUGCAUAAACCUUCAUUUUGUACCAAAAGUACACACCCAUUAUUACUUUUAUCCAUGAUUGUUGUUGGCUCCCAAUACAGUUUUCCAGAAAAUGCUCGGCAGCAGGCUUUGCUACAUCAUAAGUCAUAUGAAUUUAAAUUGAGCUCACAAUUAGCUAAACCAUUGAGAUUCGCCUUAUUUAUGAACGAGGAUUUUAAGUCACCAGUAAAGGUUUGGAUAUUGCAGUCAUUAAAUAUGUUAGAAUGGGUGGAAAAGAACUUUUUAUCAAGAAGAAUGCAUGAAAGAGCUCAUCUACACCAUGGUACGACAGUGCAACUAUUAAGAAGAAGUCCCAUCAUGGGUGGAAAUCCUGCAACAAUGCAGAAUAGAAAUGCUAGUAACUCUUCGAGUGCCGGGGAAGAGAGUGAUGCAAAUGAAAUCGAUGACGAGAACAAAAACACUUCUACUGAUGAGCUUGAUCAUGAUUUAUUCAAUCAGUGGUUAGAAUCUGAAUCAAUUAAAAGAGCAACAUUUAUGACUUUUUAUUUGGACAUAAUUGAUUACAUUAAAUUCAGACACAAUCCCCAGAUUAUGUUUUAUCAACUACAAUUGUUAAAUUUGCCAUGUAAUGAUGAACACCUUUGGGAAUCGAAAGACAUAAACGGAUCAUUCAAAAGACUAGUCAAAAAGCAAAAAAAAUUACAAGAUACUGCUAAUCGUAAAAAGUCUAAAUCUGAUAGCUUUUUAACUGUUUUGAAGAAGUUGAUUAGACAAGAUAAAACGUUGAACAUAAAAUCAUCUUCACCAUUCACUCAAAAAAUAAUGUUGGCUGGUCUAACAUCUUUGAUGCAUCAAAUGCAAUUAGUUGAGCUACAAAACAAUUCCUCUUUAAUUGCAACUAGCUCAAAUUCGAUUGGUCAAAGUCGAAUUUGGAAAGAUAUUCUUACUCGAGCUUUUGAUCAUUGGAAUUUUGAAGUAAUGCAAGUGAAGGACAAGUCACAUCAAUCAAAUGGUAUUUUAUCAAUAUACAGUAUACCACAUAAAAAAGUUUCAUUACCUAUAUUUUAUUUAACUCAAAUUAUAGGCUUAUCUGAAAUCAAUCAUUAUGAUAUUGCAAUAUUCGGAGGAUCACCAGCGAAUCAAAGUGUGAGUGCAACCAUGAAAGAUCAUUAUAUAGUUCAAAGAAAAAUGAACAAACUAUGGUCGUCAAUUAGAAAUAAUCAAAAUAAUUUUAGAAGUAUAAUUUAUUGUUAUAUAUUCCUAUGGCAACUAAUUUUAGAUGAAAAUGGUAAUUCAUUGGAAUGGGAGCCCAACAAAGAUUACUACGAUAGUUCCAACGCAGUCAGUAUUGCCACAUUAAUAUUAUGGAGUUAUUGCUUCACAAUGUGUGGAUUGGAAAGUGGGAGACAUCAAGAAAUUGAGAAUGAUAAGUUUACUGGUUAUGACAGAUUGAUUCAAUUAAGUGCUGAAGAAGGUCAUAAAUAUUUAAACCGAAUUAAGCAAGAAUUUUUGACAAACUUGAGAAAAUUGAAUUUGCAUAAAGAAUUUGAUAUUGAUUCGUAUCAUGGCACAAAACAUCAUGAAAUCAUCAAUAAAUAUUGCGAGCUUUUACCAUCUAUAUCAAACAAACAAAACAUAUCUGGUCUUUGUUUUUGGAUAGGGACAAAAUUAAUGUCAAGUCAAUGGGAAGUGAUACGAGAAAAUGCUAAGCUCAUACUAAAUUGUGGAUUAAGGUCAAUCGGUAAGAAGACUAUUUUAUGCUUUGAUCUAUUUGAUAAUGAUUUUACUUAA